UAGCAUUACUUUUUUUUUUUUUUUUUCCCUUCAUUUCUGUAAUUAAAACUACACUAUUCCUUCUCAUUCUCGUAUGAAGUUGCGUUCAUUCAUUCACCUUUUACUACGUGCCUGUUCACUCAACUAAACUUUGCUGCGUCUUGUAUUUAUUGAGCCAUGUCCAAGAAAGUACUGACCACUCAGUCACUGAAAUACCCCAGCAUUUACUUGUCAAUACUCAACGAGACCAAUCUUGUCACUCACACCAAGCGCCAUAGUCUGCUGGAUAAGAGAGACUUCAUUAGGGAGUACCUUGAUAGCCUCGACAUCCCUACAGAACCACAACAAGGCCCGGAGCCUAUCCUCAAUACACUGCCUAUAGAGGAAACAUUGAGGCAUGGUAAUACUGAUGAGGCAUUUAUCCAGCUGUCCCAGCAACAAGAGAUCUCGAGCUCUAGCAAACGAAAGCAACAGCGAGAUGAUGUCUCUUCGCAACUCACGAGCAGCAACACUCAGAAUGAAGAGGAUCAAAAUUUACUAGGUGAAGUGCCGCGCACGGGCAACGCAAGAGGGAUCACGGGAGUGAUCGAUUCCAAAGUUGAUAAACGGUGUAAACGACUCUCCACUGUUGACCAAGCGUGUGAAAAUUUAAAUAUGAGCAAGCGUUGCAAGGAAUGCAGAACGAAGCCGAAACGCCACGCCGAGCAAGAGCUCAAUAUAGGAUCAGUUGAUAAGAGUAAGGAUAAAGUUAGAGCAAGGAACCGCAAAAGACGAAAGAGGCAAGAGGAGCCGCUUGCAUCGCUUCGGGACAUGGGCUAUCCUAGACGGCAGAAGAGGGCGCACUCACCGCAAGAAUGUAUAGCUGCUUCCAAGGUGGAGUAUACAGAUGGUUCAGAAAGUGAUGGUGGCCAUCGACAUUGCCGCAUGCCUCUUCAACGGCGCCAACGACUACAAACCAUGCUUGCUACUAGACGUAUGGAUGCACGUUCACAUAGUAAUAAACCCCGCAAGAUCUUUACUCAAAGCUCCCUUAUCAUGAAUCAAUUUGUCUCUCCAAAGGUCUCCAAAGAGCGUAUUACGGUAUGGUUUUUCUAUGUGUUUCAUUAAAAUAUUCGGGGUUUGAUACAAACGUUAAGAUAUUUUGGCUUUGUUGGCCGAAUAGAUGCAAGAGAAGCCCACCCGGUUGGGGAUUUUUAAAAAGGGCAAAGCCUCUUUAAAGACAAGAGUCCAUAUCGGUAAUUCAAUCAACCCAACUAUUGAUUUGCUUGUACAUAGCAACCCAUAUUAAUUUGCUUGCGAACUUUUACUCUCUC